AGUUUGCUGCAGCCAGCGAUAGCAAUCUUAUCACAAUGGAUAAAAGGAAAUUAUCAACAUCCGGGGACACUCUGUACCAAACACUGGGACUACAGAAGACGGCAACGGCGGACGAGAUUAAGAAGACAUACCGAAAACUCGCCCUAAAGUACCACCCGGACAAGAAUCCCAACAAUCCAGAUGCAGCAGAGAAGUUCAAAGAAGUAAACCGUGCUCAUUCCAUCUUGAGUGACUUGACCAAGCGAAACAUCUACGACAACUAUGGAUCGCUCGGAUUGUACAUUGCGGAACAGUUUGGCGAGGAGAACGUCAAUGCGUACUUUGUCGUUACGUCGCCUACGUGCAAGGCACUGUUUAUGAUUUGUGGUAUUAUCACCGGAUGUUAUUGUUGCUGCUGCUGUUGCUGUUGCUGCAACUUCUGCUUUGGCAAAUACAAACCGGUACCGCCGGAAAAUGCUGGAGACUAUCAUCAUCUACACAGAGAUGGUGCGGCAAGUAGUAGCAACGCACGGGAAGGAACGGCCGUCACAGAACAGCCAACGCGAAGAGAGGAUUUGGCAGAUCUGGAGGAUAACGGAGGUGGCAGUGGUCCGGUGACAUCGCAACCCCAAGCGGGACAAGCGCAGGGUGCCGGAAUGCCCGUGUACGCCAUGCCACCACCAUCGUCCAAUCCGACAAAUCCGUUUACCGGUACCGCCACCGAGAGUACGGGGCUUAACACGGGCAAUCAACCGAUUUACACGCCAGGCCACUAAAACAGCACGCAUUAACGAUUUGGAUUUCGAUACCCAGCUUCUGCUAUAAACGUUUAAACA